AAACAGAGGAAGAGGGAGAGAGAGGGAGGGGAAGGAAAAGAGUGAGAGAGGCAGAGAGAAGAAAAGACACAAAACUUGUGAUUUGACAAAAGAGGGCAGGACGAUGAAGGCCGGCGCAGAACUCUUCUCUGCAUUGGCUCUGUUCCUCCUGAUGGGGGCAGUGUUUACCCAGAGACCUCGGCCAAAGAAGCCCACCAGGCGCCCACCCACCACCAGGAAGCCAUCUGUCCCCCAGCCUGCUGUACCGGCACAGCCAGAGCCCCAGGAGCCAACAGACUUCCCCCCUCGGAUCCUGGGCCCACCUUCCAUGUUUCCUGACUGUCCCCUAGAGUGUUUAUGCUCCCCGAGCUACCCCAAUGCUCUCAACUGUGAGAACCGGAACAUCCGUGUGAUCCCUGUCAUCCCAUCUAGAGCCCACUACUUGUACUUGCAGAACAACUACAUCUCAGAAGUGACAGCAGAGCCGUUCCGCAACGCCACUGAGAUCCGCUGGGUCAACUUGGCUAAUAACCGCAUUCACCGAAUAGACAAAAACGUGUUUGAAAAAAUCCCAGCACUGCUGUACCUCUAUGUACAGCGUAACCACCUGAAAGAGGUACCUUCCGGUCUUCCAGCAAACCUAGAACAGCUCCGCCUCGGUAGGAAUCGUAUUUCUAAGAUCCCUGCUGGUGCCUUCAGCAAGAUGGGGAACCUGACGCUGCUCGACCUGUACCACAACCAGCUGAGUGACAGUGACCUGGGAAAGAACACAUUUAAGGACCUGAAGAGCCUCAUGCAGCUCAAUCUGGCUCACAAUGUCCUGAAAAAGAUGCCUGCUGGCGUACCCAGUACCCUAAUACAGCUUUUCCUGGACAGGAACCACAUAGAUGACAUCCCAAAAGACUACUUCGAAGGCUUAACCCACCUGGCGUUUGUAAGGCUGAACUACAACCAGCUGAGUGAUAAAGGUCUUCCCAAGUCUGUGUUCAACAUAUCCACCCUGCUGGACCUGCAACUGUCCCACAACCAGCUCGCCUCUGUUCCUUUCUUCAACAGUCACCUGGAGCACCUGCACCUCAACCACAACAGCAUCGAGAGCAUCAAUGGCACCCUGCUCUGCCCUUAUAACAUGCAGGCCGACUUCAACGAUCUCAGUCUGGUGCCUAGACUAAGGUACCUGCGUUUGGAUGGAAAUCAUCUGAGCCCCCCGAUUCCUGUGGAUGUCAUCAUGUGCUUCAGACACCUCCACUCUAUUGUCAUUUAGGAGAAAUGUGCCUAAAGGCCUGGGGUUAUGCACACAAACCACACACAUUACACACACAAAUACACACAGAGUCACUUUGUGCCAACUCAAUUAAAGGCAAAGCAUGCUCAGUGAAAAACAAGGUAGGCUAUAUCAACCGUACAUACUGUUGAACUGUGUUACUGAAAGACAAAUAGAUGAAAAAACUUACAGCAAUGAUAUGUUUAGUAAAUUCAUUGUUGCCAAAUUCAAAGGAAUUUAAACCUUGAACUACGAAUCUACAAAAAGAGUAGAUAUACUGAACUUUAGGGUUAGGUUUUUGUUAUAUUUUAUCAGUAUUUGUUUUUGUUUGUAGAGAUACAAUGCAAAAAAACUAAAAUAAGUACGCCUGAAAAUACAGGUACAUUGACAGACAUGCUCAAAUAUGGAGGGUAGUUAUGUUCACUAGCAGAUGUGACCAGAGUAGAGUUGCCACCAUGGACAACAAACAGACCUGCAGUGGCUUUCAGAAGAACCAGUUUAAAACAUAACUACCAUGUAGUGGAAACUGUCCUAAAUGUGCCUGUUAUUUUCAAGGUACUUCAUGUAAAAAUGGCAUUUUAUUCAUUUUAUUCUUAGUCUUCUGUAUAUUAUUCUUUUGUAUAAAGAAGCUUUGUACAAAUAAUGGAAAAUAAAACUUUUUCUUUGAUCAUU